AUGCCUCCAGGUCUUCUGGCGCCCUCGGGCAAUCAAUUUUCUCUCCACAAACUGAUGGCCAUGUCGACGAUGCUAUCCCCAACCCAUAAUACACAUUUUCGACCCUUGAUUCAGGCCGGCGGAGGAGAUGCUGAAUCCGAUAUUCCAUUGCAUCAAUUGUACCUUUCACACGAUGUGCAGGAACAUCUUCGAAGAGUUUACGACGGGUUGCGGGGCAAAGAUGCGAAUCUCUCGCGCGACAAAUUCCUCGUGUGGCUGAAAGAGGUCCAGCACCAUACAAUCCAGAAUCUCGACAAGGACUCGUACACGUUUGAGCUAUUCCUAGAAGCUAUCUAUUACAGUUACGGGCUCGAAUCCAUCAAACACUCCAACCCGGCAGAGAAGGACCUCACCAGACCUAUCAGUAACUACUAUAUCAGCAGUAGCCACAACACAUAUCUUAUGGGAAACCAACUUUCCUCCAAAAGUUCUACCGAAGCCUACAAAAAUGUCCUCAUCCGUGGAUGUCGCUGCAUAGAGAUUGAUGUCCACAACGGGGAGCUACCGGAACAAAAGAGCCCAAGCCCUGCUCCUGAUGGUAGCCGCUCCCCUAUUAAAUCCUCUCUCCAAUCCCCCACGAAAUCGGAGCAUAAACGUCACAUAUCUGGGAGUACUCUGUCAAGUCGAGCUGCUGCUGCGCUUGAAAAGGCAAGCGAGAAAUAUGCUACUGCAAAACAGAAGCUAUCGGAGAUGUCGGAGAAGGAUAAAGAUAAAGGGAAAGGGGUACGCAAAGUGAAAUCAAGGGAGAAGGAAAUAGAGCAAGAAAACACUAAGGACCGAGAAGUGUCCCAGGAAGUGGCUUCAGAAGAGCAGCGUGGGCGUUCGUCGACUUUGCAGACUGGACAUAUUACAGAACGGCCCGUUUCAGUAAGAUCCAUGAGGAAUGGCGAGCCUCUCGUCCUACAUGGCUGGACUUUGACUGCUCCGGUAGGGUUCCGGGCUGUAUGUAAAUCGAUACGCGAGAGCGCAUUUCUCACUAGCAGUCUCCCCAUCAUCGUCAGCCUAGAAGUUCAUGCAGAUAUGGAACAACAGGAGAAGAUGGUUGAUAUAAUGAUGGAAGAAUGGGCGGGAUACCUUAUCGACGAAGCCCACGAAACGUGUGAUCCUCAAGAGAGACUUCCGCGUCUCGAGGAACUUCAGAACAAGAUUUUGAUCAAAGUCAAGAAAGCUGCACCGGAAAAGGUCGAUACAAGCUCUACGUUAUCUCCAUCCAUUACAAAAAGCGAUGUGGAUUCGUACCAGUCGGGCUCCGAGGAUGAAAAGGCGAUCAAAAAGAGAGCUAAAAUCUGUGAGAAACUCAGCAAUCUGGGAAUCUACACACAUAGUGAGCAUUUUAAGAGCUUCGACACUCUAUCAGCCAAGAGUCCACCACACGUUUUCUCAAUUGGUGAAAACCAAAUCAUGGACCUGCACUCGACUAGGAAAUCCGACAUGUUUAAUCACAACCGAGAUUAUUUUAUGCGAGCUUAUCCGGCUGGGUUCCGUAUCGACUCUUCAAAUCUUGAUCCUUCUGUGUUUUGGCGGAAAGGCAUUCAAAUGGUCGCUUUGAAUUGGCAGAAACUCGACGAAGGCAUGAUGCUUAAUGAAGGAAUGUUUGCUGGUGAGCAUGGAUGGGUGUUGAAGCCUCCUGGAUAUCGCAGUGAUCCAGCAGAGCCGAUCCAGAUUAAGACGUUGGAUCUGGACAUAAUUGUCUACGCUGGGCAGCAUAUUCCACUUCCGUCAGGGACGACGGCUAAAAGUCUACAUCCAUAUAUCAAAUGCGAGCUGCAUAUAGAAAAACCUGAGGAUUCAGCCAUCUCGGAUGAUAAACCAAAAGUCCGCGAGAGUCGAGCGAAAGAAGGCGAUUACAAAGAAAAGACUGAUCACCUCAAGGGAGACCACCCGGACUUUGGACCUGAGGGCGUUCAUUUGACGUUUCGGGACAUACCAAACGUUGUCGAAGAACUUAGUUUUGUCAGAUUCAAAGUCGAAGAUGCAAAUUACACCAAAGACGAAUUAGUUGCAUGGGCUUGCAUUCGGCUAGAUCGUCUACAGCAGGGUUACCGCUUCAUCCAUUUGUUUGAUGUGAAGGGUAGCAUGACGCCUGGUAUGAUCUUCGUCAAAAUUGAUAAACGGCUGAGGCCUUCCGAAUACUGA